AUAUCGAACUCUCACAGACAUGCCUAUCGAUUUGUCAACAUUUCUGCUUCACAAAUUCAUCAGGCGUACACCUUCGUUUUAUGCAUCAUUGUAUCUGAAGCCAGUGGCACAACAAUUUUCGUUGUUUACUGUUCGCUGAACGUUCAGCUAUGGCAGAUAGAACGCAGCUUUGGAAAAUGAAACUAGUGAUUGCAAUGACAUCACUUUCUACACUGGUUUCAUUCAUUCGGUUUGAUUGAUGAGAAGAGUACAGAGUAGACUUUCGAACAUAACUCAUUCACUCAUUGAAAUAUGUUUCUCCUGAAAUUAGCUGUGGAUAAACCAUCACAGACUGGUAAUGAUGGAAAACCAGAGGAAGAAUCGAAGAAAGAUAUUUUGCCUCGAGACGGCAAAGAAGUGACCAAACCCACUGAACCAGCUGUGGAUAAACCAUCACAGACUGAUAAUGCUGGAAAACCAGAGGAAGAAUCGAAGAAAGAUAUUUUGCCUCGAGACGGCAAAGAAGUGACCAAACCCACUGAACCAGUCUUUGUCGAGGAAUCUCCGCGCAAUUCUUUCAACGUUCAUCUAUUCGGAAAUCCUAUCGACGAAGGCAUUAUCUCUGCACCAUCAUUCAAUUUACCGGCAUGGUUGCAAAACGAAAUACGCUAUAAGGAAUGCUUUCAAAUACAUUUGGAUGAAAAAGCUAAGCAAGCGCGUGAAACAAACAAAAAAAAGAACAGAGAAGAUAUUGAGACUGAAAAAAUGAACGAUCGCGACAUAUCCUUUGAACCAGAUAUCUGA